CUUGGCAGAAAGUCUCACUUUAGGUAGAGGUGGAGUAGGAAAAGUUGUCUGAAAAACCCCAGUGGCGUGAGUUUCGUCGAGCACUGGUUUUUAACGGUUAGUUAGAGACAUUUAUCGUUUGUAACCGGGCUCCGGAACCGACAGCUGUCUGAACACAUUUGAGAGCGGAGCUGCUAACAUUAUCUGCGCAUUCCUGAAGUUGACUGACUGUCGAGUUGGCAGAGAUGUUUCAAAUAAAGAGGAUCUGUUGCAUUGGUGCUGGGUAUGUUGGAGGCCCAACAUGUAGUGUGAUCGCUCAUAUGUGUCCAGAGAUCACAGUGACCGUCGUGGAUGUCAAUGAGUCCCGCAUCAAUGCCUGGAACUCGGACACUCUGCCCAUAUACGAGCCGGGCCUGAAAGAGGUGGUUGAAUCAUGCAGAGGGAGAAAUUUGUUUUUCUCUACAGACAUAGACUCAGCCAUCAAGGGUGCAGACCUCGUCUUUAUCUCUGUGAACACCCCCACCAAGACCUAUGGGAUGGGGAAGGGUCGUGCAGCUGACCUCAAGUUCAUCGAGGCGUGUGCUCGGCGGAUCGUGGAGGUGUCUGAUGGCUACAAGAUUGUCACAGAGAAGAGCACAGUUCCAGUUCGAGCCGCUGAGAGCAUUAGACGGAUAUUUGAUGCCAAUACCAAGCCCAGCCUCAACCUACAUGUGCUGUCCAACCCAGAGUUCCUUGCAGAAGGAACAGCAGUGCGUGAUCUGAAGGAGCCAGACCGCGUCCUGAUUGGUGGAGAUGAAACUGCUGAAGGUCAAAGAGCAAUCAGAGCGUUGUGCGCCGUCUAUGAACACUGGGUGCCCAAAUCACGCAUCAUCACCACCAACACAUGGUCGUCUGAGCUAUCAAAACUGGCAGCCAAUGCAUUCCUGGCACAGCGAAUCAGCAGCAUCAACAGUAUCAGCGCUCUCUGCGAGGCCACUGGCGCCGAUGUAGAGGAGGUUGCCAAGGCGAUUGGUAUGGACCAGAGAAUAGGCAGCAAGUUUCUCAAAGCCAGCGUAGGUUUUGGUGGAAGCUGUUUCCAAAAGGACGUGCUAAACUUGGUCUACCUGUGCGAGGCCCUCAACCUGCCUGAAGUAGCCUCCUACUGGCAGCAGGUGAUCGACAUGAAUGAGUACCAAAGGCGGCGGUUUGCCUGCAGGAUUAUUGAUUGCCUCUUCAACACGGUUACUGGUAAAAAGAUUGCUCUGCUGGGCUUCUCCUUCAAAAAAGACACAGGUGACACAAGGGAGUCGUCCAGUAUCUACAUCUCUAAGUACCUGAUGGAUGAGGGAGCCAAGCUGUUCAUCUACGACCCCAAAGUUCUUAAGGAACAAAUCAUACAUGACCUCUCCCAGCCUAACAUCUCAGAGGACAAUCCAGAAAGAGUUUCUGAGCUGGUGACUGUGACCUCAGACCCGUACGAGGCCUGCCAGAGUGCACAUGCACUGGUCAUCUGCACUGAGUGGGACAUGUUCAAGGAGCUGGACUAUGAGAAGAUUUACAAGAAGAUGCUGAAGCCGGCUUUCAUAUUUGAUGGUCGCAGAGUGCUGGACCACCUGCACCCUCACCUGCAGAGCAUCGGCUUCCAGAUUGAAACCAUCGGUAAGAAAGUGACCGUAACACGAAUCCCCUACACGCCGGCAGCUGUCGGUCCUCGCAUCACUGCCACUGAACCUCCCAUCAAGAAAGCCAAAGUCUAAAACUCAUUUCACCUCCACACAUGCAACACAUUCCUCUCUCAGCUUUUUUAUUGCUGGUGAAACAUUUCAUUCAGGUCCAACCCCCUCUCUUAUCAGUACAUGCCUAAUGAUCCAAAAGGCCAUAAUGCGUGAGUAACUCCCCUGCAGCAGGUCUGAGAGGAACAAGUUGAGCCUUCAGUCCAUAAGUGUGUGAAUGUGACCCAUGAAUGUGUGUGAGUCGUUGGAAGAAGUUUCAACAGUUCAUUUUAUACACAGUAAAGCAUUUAUCAGAGUCACUGUCUAUUUCAUAUCAACACUAUUAUGUGUCUACUUUCUUACAGUAUGUACAAUAAAAUCAAGUAUUGUUGCUGUAUUUUAAAAAUAA